CGGAGUUCACCUUCCACGUUCCGUGCGUGGUGGAACGACGCAUCGAGCAAGCGCUCGAAGCAACUCACAGCGCAUGCGCUAGUAUACUGCGCUACGAUCAGCCACGAUGGUUGAUUGUAACGAGAUGGAAAUGUCGCGUGUGCCAAUUCUGGUGAUUCUAGGUGCCACGGGCUCUGGAAAAUCUCGACUAGGUAUCGAAUUAGCUCGCCGCUUCUCCGGGGAAAUCAUCUCGGCCGAUAGCAUGCAGGUGUACAAAAGUCUGGACAUUGUUACUGCGAAAGUAACCCCGGCGGAAAGACAGGCGGCACCACAUCACAUGCUGGACGUCAUGGAUCCGCUGACCAACUUCUCCAUAGACAACCUGGUGGCCAGGAGGAAACUGCCCGUUGUCGUCGGAGGUACAAACUAUUACAUAGAAUCUCUACUAUGGGAGAUCCUUAUAGCCGAUCCGAAAGAUCCGUCAGUGCAAGCCGAUUCAAGCGCGACCGAUCCGAGCGCAUCUAUCGAGAACAGAUCGGAUGAUCGAUAUAACAUACGGGUCGAUCGACAGAAUGGCGAUGACGAUGAUAAUGAAGCGGCACCGAUGAAGAAGUUGAAAUUCGACGCGAGAUUAUGUGAUGAUAGCAACGAGGAACUACAUCGAAGACUGAUGGAGGUCGAUCCGGAGAUGGCGCGCCAAUUGCAUCCUAACAACAGGCGGAAAGUCAUAAGAUCUUUGGAAGUUUUCCACCAACACGGAAAAACGCAUUCGGAGCUUCUGAAAGCCCAACGCACCGCCGGUGGCUGCGGAUUAGGAGGACCCCUCAGAUAUCCAAAUUCCAUUAUCCUGUGGCUGCGCUGCAAUAAGACUGUACGUCACGAGUGAUGUAUCGCCCGCGCAAAACUGCUCAAAAACCAACGAUACGCAUGGCCUGCCGGGAAUUUUACACAGCUCGAGGACACGCCGCCUUCUCUAACGCGCCUUUGCCAUUAGCGAAGGCCAUAUAGAAGAGAAAUAAUUGCAAAACUUCUCGGUGGCUAUCAAGGCCGCCGAUUUUUUUUUUCCUUUCUAACGGGACGGGACCGCAUUAUUUCUGAUGUCGUUGAACGGUCGAUCGAUAGCAAGGUCCGGCCUUGGUAUUGAGCCUACAUAUUGAUCGAUCUUUCCUUGAUGGCAUCACGAUCUGAACAGGGGCAGUCACCGAGAUGUGAUUCUGAUUCAUUCGAUAGUACUUUCGAUCAUAAAACUAUAGUUGUCCUACAAAUAUCGUUUUACAAAUACCAGGGCAUCUUUGUAUACUAACGAUCGACUCGCAAUGCGGUAUUUUCACAAAUUAACGAUAUUAAUUACAAUAUUAAGAAAAUAAUUAUAUUUAAAUUUCUAAUAUGUAUAUCUGUAUGUGUGUGUUUCUAAAUCUCAUUAGUAUUCAUUUUAUUAUUCGUGAAUUUUUCGCAAUUCGCUUCACUACACAUUCCUAGUCGCAACGCAAUGGUAAAACCAAUCGUUAAAACGCUUAUUUACUAUAAAUUUGUUUUUGCCGGAUCGUGAAAGAAGUGACUCGAAAAGUCGAUAGAAUACUUAAUGUCCAGUGUCUCUUAUAUGAUAGUCACUACUAUGUUCACGCACAGGCUCAAAACGCGGUCGAAGUGAAACGGUUUCGAAAUGCUUGUAAACGUUUCUUAACCGGGCGAUAUCGUCGUGUCGGUGUUGCUGUGCUUAAUUAAUAAGAGGGUUCUCCUUUCUCCAAAUUU